GUCCCUCCUUAAACACAUUAUUUUACACAUUAGCUAAUUGUAAGUGAAAGUCGCGUCAAAAUCAGUCCAGCAGUUUCGGAGAUGUUGUGUAGUUAGGUUCAGUUACCAAGUCACGAAAUGGGUUCUAAUCGAUCGAAAUUCAGUGUAAAGAGAGUGAUUUUAGUAUUCUGGUGUUUAGUAGUAUUAAUGGCAGAGUCAAGCUUUAGUGCGCGUUGCAAGCUCCGGAAGUAUACACACGAAGCCAUUCAAACUGAUCUUAACGGAAGACGGUGCUGGGAUGACGUUAAAAUAAUGGGAUGUUGGGGAUACUGUUUGUCUCACGAGAUUUCAGACUGGCAGUUCCCGUACAAGGAGUCAUUUCACCCUGUUUGUGUACAUAGCGAGAGAAAGCACGCAUCCGCUAAACUACGACACUGCGAUCCUGGAGUAGUAUCAGGCACUGAAAUUUACCAUUAUGUCGAAGCAUCUAGUUGCAAGUGUCAGGUAUGUUCUUCAGAAGAUACGAGCUGUGAAUGGUUACCACCGGAUUCGUCAUUGCUCGGUGGUCUUAUAUUGAAAAAGGAAUUGGAAGAAGAUUUAGACUAAAAACGAAAUAAUAUAAAAAUGUAUUAGAAGUAGAUUAUAUAGAAAACA